AUGUACCAGGUGAUCGGGGGUAUCAUCUCUCCUGUCAAUGACGGCUACAGGAAGCAAGACCUCGUGGCUGCCCACCACCGGGUGGCCAUGGCCCGGCUGGCCCUGCAGACGUCCGACUGGGUCCAGGUGGACCCCUGGGAGAGUGAGCAGGUGCAGUGGAUGGAGACAGUGAAGGUGCUGAGGCAUCAUCACAGUGAACUGCUCAGAUCUCUGCCCCAGACGGAAGGCCAGGACCACGGCAGGGCUCGCUCCGUGGCCCCCACAGCUGUGCCCGAGCUGAAGCUCCUCUGCGGGGCAGAUGUCUUGAAGACCUUCCAGACCCCCAACCUCUGGAAAGAUGCACACAUCCAGGAGAUAGUGGAGAAGUUUGGCGUGGUGUGUGUGAGCCGGACAGGUCACAACCCAAAGGAAUACAUCUCAGGUUCGCCCAUCCUGCACCGCUACCAGCACAACAUUCACCUGGUCAGGGAGCCCGUGCAGAAUGAGCUCAGCUCUACGUACAUCAGGCGGGCCCUGAGCCAGGGGCGCAGCGUCAAGUACCUGCUCCCAGACGCUGUCAUCAGCUACAUCAAGGACCACAACCUCUACACCAGGGACAGUUCCUGGAAAGGCAGCAGCACCCAGAGGAAUGAAGGAAAGACAGACUAGGGAGAGUUAGCCACUCCUCCACAGAGCUUCUCCUGACGAAAGGGCAGUUAAGGUCUUUGCCUUUUUCUUUUU